GAAGCAAAAUGUCGAACCCGAAGAACAAUUUGGACAAAUAAAAUGAGUCGUCGCAGAAUUUCCCGCGAAGUUGGUGUUGCCCUACUGGCAACUGCGAUGCAAAAGAAGGGAAUAAAACUUGUGGCAGUUGACUUUGACCAGACACUGAUUAAUUUCCAUUCAGGUGGUGUAUGGAAGGACAGUGUUGACAAACUUGUGCCGUCAGUGAGACAGUGCAUUCGAGAUUUAAUCCAAACUUGCCUCGACCGUGAUAUUAAUGUUUGCAUUGUAACCUUUUUCAUGCAGUCUUGGGUCAUAAAAGAGCUGCUUCAAAAAUUAUUUCGCAGGAAUGCUGACCGUAUUCUGGUUCAAGCUAACACAGCGUCCUUUCGUGAAAAGCACAGCAAUGAAUUUUUGGGCAAAGAGGCCCACAUUGCAUCUAUUUUGACAGAAUUGUACAAGAAGGAGCAUCUCAAGAUCCGCCCAGAACAAGUGAUUCUGUUUGACGAUGAUAGGGAGAACACAGACACUGCCCUCAAGUUUGGUCACAUGGCUUUCAUGGUGCAGGAUGAUGUCUGCGAAGAACAUUUUGAGGAUUUCGCACGCAUGUUAGAGUCAACUGAUUUACGACGGUCUUGGGUGAAAUAAAGAUGAUUUUUUUAAAUGUUACUUUCAUUUUUUUAGUUCUGUAAUUGUUUUACAAGAAUUUAACAAUCUUUGCAUAGAUGUUCGAUGCAUAAUAAUGCUUAAGGGUAAGGAUGUUUGUUAUCGGUUUGCAUAAACCUAUCUAAUUGUUAUUAUUUGAAACAAAUUGACACUAUCACAAUAAUUUUUGACCUUAUGAUCUCUGUAUUACAUUUCUGUAUCUUUAUUAUUUUAAGUAUGAAAUGCAUUAGAGAAGGUAGUAUUAUUAUAAAAUUUGUAAAACAAAAGACAAAUCCAAGGUUUUAUUUUACUUGUUACAUAAUGUCAUUGGAAUAUUCUAAUUUUAAUUUUGUGUUUAGUCACGUUUAAUUUGGGUGUUGUCAUUGAUUUUUCGAAUGUUUCUUGCCAUUUGUUGAACAGUUUUCCAGAACUGUUUACCAAAUUAUUAUAGAUAUUAUUGGCUUAAGCAAUAGGAGCAGAGCAUGUAUAAGUGUAAAACACAACUUUGACUGUUAUAUUUAUCUGGAUGCAUAACUAGAGAGCAAACUUUUGGUACAAGUAUUAAUAAUCCUGUUCAUUGAUAUUUAUCUCUUGUAAUCUGAUAGAUUAACAUCUGCAAAUGCACGUUAGACAUUUUUGGACUUAAAGCUAUGUGUCCGAAAGUUUUAAUAUUUUCAGCUGGAGAUCUAAGGAAACCAGAGAAAAGAAAUGAAAAUAAAAGAAUCAUUUUUGACAUUUAUGGAAGUGCUUAACAUAAUCUCUUUUGCAAGUUGACAGCAUUCCAUGAAUUGAGUGAUUGGGUGAUCUGAUUUUCCUUAUGUAAACAGAUACUUAUUUGGUUUUACAGUAGAGUGGACUUGCAAUAAGUACACCGGCAAAUACUCGUUAAAAUAUUAUCACAUUAAGUCAUGAAAAAUGAGAAGAAAUGUUAUUGUCACAGCCUUGGUAUUCUUUGGCUUUAAGCAAUACAAGUGAAGAACUUUGUUUAAGUCAUUUGUGUUGAAUUGUGUUCAUUCAGUUUGAAUUUUCACUGGAUAGCAUAGUAAGCAAAAAAACGUUUGUUUGUGUGUUUAAACUGUCUUAUAUAUAGAUUGCACCUGAACAACUUUGUUUGGUCAUUACUUACAUGAAGUGAAAACCAAGUUAAGAAUGUUUUUUUUGAAUUUGUGUGUGAAAAUGCUUUGCUAUAUUUACACAGUGUUUACUACUUAUUGUCUUUCAUGUUUUACGCAUGUAUGAUGUAUAUAUCGAGUUAUUCAUCAACCAUUAUAAACUUAGAUUAUGAUAAUGAACCAAUGAUUUGUCCCAUGAUAUUUCUUAAUAAAAUGUAUUUCGUGUGUAAUUGGCAUUUUAAACAUAUGUGAACUGAUGAUCUUUUUUUUUAAAUCUGGAAAUCCGCAAUUUGUAUUAACAUAUUGUAAGCUAAACUGAGCACCACAUGCUCAUGGUGAGCUUUUAAUAUAGCCCUUUGCCUGCCCUUAGUCUUUUAGCAUUUUAAUUAGGAAACCUUUGUAGGCUACAUUUUUUGUAAAUCUUAUUAAAACUUUGUCAGCACAUUUUUUAAAUGUUAUCUCUGCCAAGUUCCAUACUAUGUCACUUGGGUAAAAAAAAGUUUACACAGUUAAAUUAAAAAGAAACCUUGUGAAAACCCUAGAGGCCACAUUUAUUACCAAUUCUUCAUGCAAAUAGGCCAAGUGUGUUGAAAAAGUAAUUCACUUGGUCAAUGGUCAUGUUUAAGGGUAAAGUUACAUCAUUUAUUGCCCAACCUUCUAUAAACUCAGAACAUUUUACCCAAAGGCAACAUUUGAAUCUCUGUCAUGUGUGUCUCAAACAUAAUCAUCAUAAUCAUAUCGCUGGUUAAGCGAUAGAAGAACUUAGUAAAAACUCUGGAAGUUAUGCUUGUGCAAUUAUCAUUAAACCUGCUCUGUUUUUUGUUUCAACUAAUUAUUGCUCGUAAAAAGUAAGUUAUGCCUGUAUGGUUCCAGAACAUUUGAAAUCAUGCUCACCAUGAGGCAGGGCAGCUACAGUAAAACUAUUUUAUCACUCAAAAUGUGCUAAUAAUAUUAAACAUUGCUUUUUGUUAUGAUUGCUGAGUUAUUGUGGUUUGUUAAAUUAUUAAGCUGCUAAGUGUUAGGGCAGUUAUAUUUAUAAGUCUAUUGUUAAAUCUUGUGAACACUACCUUCUAUGGACAGUUUAGUUUCUUGUGGUCUCAGGAGAGACUUGUUAUCCCCCGCCAAAGACGGAAGACUAAAGAAUUGGCUUUGUCUGUCUGUCAGUCUGUCCUUCCAUCUGCCACAAAACAUUUUAGGGCUAUAUCUCAUAAACAAUAUAAGCUAUCAACAUGAAACUUCAUAGUAGUAUAGAUAUCAAUGUGAAGUACUAUGCACAUGAACCAUAACCCUACACUUUCUUUAAUAGGAGUUAUUGCUCUUUGUUUUUUAUUUGAUGUAACUUUUCAGGGCUAUAUCUCAGAUACCAUGCAAGACUUCAACAUGAAACUUCACUGAUGUAUUGAUAUAGAGAAGUGCCUUUCUUAACCCUUUCCGACUCAGAAGCAAACUGAAAAUGGUUAUGUGCAAACAGCAUAAAACCACAACAGCCUGCCAGUAACUCUCAGUCUGUUCAGAUUUUAUGCCGCUUGCUGCUCAUCAGCAGCUAAGGAUUGGAAAUGAAGCCUUUAAAACUUGAAUCUAGUAAGAAAAGUAUUUAAUUAAAUUUAACAUUCUGAGGGACUACAAGUGUGUCAAAAUAUGUAUCUAUGUGGGAAAGGGUUAAAUAAGAGUUAUUGCCCUUUGUUGUUUUUGUUUGAUGGAAUUUUACAGAGAUAUAUUUCAGAUACGAUACAACAUUUCAACAUGAAACUGCAUGGGUUAAUAGAUUUCAACGAUAAGAAUUGCAAUUCAUAAAAACAAUUACCCACCAUUUUAUUUUAUUUGUUUAUGAUAAUACUGUAUAUCAAGCGAUUUGAUUUUUGUAGAUUAUUGUUUGUUAUUGGAUGUUUGCUCAAUGGUCUGUCUCGAACGUUGUGAUGCAUGAUUUGUUAUAAUUGUUUCUCACACUUUCAUUUCCGUUUGAUGACCAACAUUUCCCAGAAGACAUUAAUAAGUUUAGAAAAUAUCUAUAUUCUGUAUAUCAUUAAUUAAUUUUUUUUCUGAAGUCGUGUGCCCUUUUAACCAAAGAUGUGCUUUAAUUUGAAUAUUGUUGGUGUACAUUUGUUAUUCACCGGUUUUUAGCUCGACUAUUAUAUAUGAAAUAUAUAUAGUGGAGCUAUCCUACUCGCCCCGGCGUUUCCGUUAGCGUUAGCAUGCAGAUGUUAAAGUUUGCGCACUACCCCAAAUAUUUCCUAUGUCCCUUGACAUAUUGCUCUCAUAUUUUGCAUACUUGUUUACCAACAUGACCCCAACCUAUAAAUAAGAGCAGACAACUGUAUCAAGCAUUUUGUAAGUAUUAUGGCCCUUUUUUCACUUAGAAUAUGCAUAUUUUUGAUAAUCUGUGUUAAAGUUUGCGUACCACCUCAAAUAUUUCCUAUGUCCUUUGACAUAUUGCUUUCAUAUUUUGCAUACUUCUUUACCAACAUGACCCAAUCUAUAAACAAGAGCAGACAACUGUAUCAAGCAUUAUGGCCCCUUUUAUACUUAGAUAAUUGAACAUUUGGUUAAGUUUUGUGUUUUGGUCCAUUUUACUCCUAAAGUAUCAUAGCUAUUGCUUUUUAGACUUUGGAAACUCGCUAACUAUCGUAAGGGGACUGUACAGGGCAAGUUGCAUAACUCUGGUUGGCUUUUUCACGAAAUUAUGGCCUUUUUUUGUCUGUGUAACUUUGAAAAUUUUGUUAAAUUUUAUGUUUAGAUCCACUUUACUUCUAAAGUAUCAAGGCUAUUGCUUUCAAACUUCAAAUACUUUCUUGCUAUCAUGAUGUUACUGUACCUGGCAAGUUGAGUUUGACCUUGACCUUUGAAUGACCUUGACUCUGAAGGUCAAAUUAAUAAAUUUUGCGUAAAUUGCCAUAACUUCUUCACUUAUGAUCACAUUUGAUUCAUACUUUGACAAAACAACACUUACCUGUCAUACCACAAUGGACUCCAUCCAAACCAUCCCCUACGCCCCAUCCCAGAAUCCCCCACCCCAAAAAAACAAACAAAAAGUUUUUUUCUUUAUUUAGAAAGAUCAUCUAUUAAAUUACCACACACCCACAUUAUACCCCCCUCUUCAUGAUGGCUUAUGUUAUACUGUCAAGCACUCGAAUAGUCCAGCGUGCUGUCCUCUGACAGCUCGUGUUAUAUGACAAGACCAUUUUGAUAUUGAACUCCUAUUAUUUACAUACAAACCUGUCUGAUCUGCUUGAUAUCUGAGAUAUUUAACACCUUACAUGCUUUACAGGUAGGGCCGAGUUUCAAACCUGAAACUGCAAUGUAUGAAUUUAGGGCUGUUUAAUGUUUUUGCAUAAUUUUGAUAGUUUAUAAUAUUCAAACUUUUUCAACAUGUUAUUUGUUUGUAUUUAAUAUUGCCUUUCAACCAGAAUGCUCAUUUAAUAGUUGUUAAGCCAGUUAGGGGACUUUCAGCAUAUUUUUGUACCCAUCAAAUUUCAUGUUCGGUCCCAUCUUUUUGUGAAUAUUUACUAGGUGGAAAUGUUAGCAUCAAUUGUUUAUACUAACUUAUUAUGGUCAAAAUGCAGUAUUGUCUUAUUGAACAAAGAAACAGUAUAAAAUACAACAAGUAAAGUAAAAAGUGUUUUCACAGAAGAACAUGUCCUUUUAUAUGGAUUUCUAGCAAGUUUUUUUUAUAUAAAAUGCUACUGACUUCCUUGGUCACAUUCAUUUCAAUUUAUUAACUUUUUAGCUCACCUGAUUGCUCAGGUGAGCUUUUGUGACCGGUCUUUGUCCGUCCGUCCUUCCAUCGUCCACAUUUGGUUUGUAAACACUCUAGAUGCCACAUUUCAUGUCCGAUCUUCAUGAAACUUGGUCAGAAGAUUUGUCCCAAUGAUAUCUCGAUCAAGUUCGAAACUGGGUCAUGCUUGGUCAAAAACUAGGUCAAAAGGUUAAAAAAAACAAACAACCUUGUAAACACUGUAGAAGUCACAUUUCAUGCCCAAUCUCCAUGUGACUUUGUCAAAAUGUUUGCCUUAAUGAUAUGUUGGUCGAGUUCACAAGUGGUUCCGGUCCGUUGAAAAACAUGGCGGCCAGUGGGCGGGGCAGUUUUCCUUAUUUGGCUAUAGAGAAACCUUGUAAACACUCUAGAAGUCACAAUUUUUGCCCAAUGAUCAUGAAAGUUGGUCAAAACAUUGGUUUUAUUGAUAUCUCGGACGAGUUUGAAAAUGGUCCAGAUCGGUGAAAAGACAUGGCCGCCAGUGGGCUUGCAUUUUUCUCUAUAUGUUUAUAGUGAAAACAUGUGAACACUCUAGAAGUCACAUUUAUGGCCAAAUUUUCAUGAAAUUUGGUCAGAACAUUUGUUUCCUUGAUAUGAGAGUUGAGUUUGAAAAUGGUUCCGGUCAGUUGAAUUACACGGCUGCCAGGGGGGUGGGGCAGUUUUCCUUAUUUGGCUAUAGAGAAACCUUGUAAACACUCUAGAAGUCACAAUUUUUGCCCAAUGAUCAUGAAAGUUGGUCAAAACAUUGGUUUUAUUGAUAUCUCGGACGAGUUUGAAAAUGGUCCAGAUCGGUGAAAAGACAUGGCUGCCAGUGGGCUUGCAUUUUUCUCUAUAUGUAUAUAGUGAAAACAUGUGAACACUCUAGAAGUCACAUUUAUGGCCAAAUUUUCAUGAAAUUUGGUCAGAACAUUUGUUUCCUUGAUAUGAGAGUUGAGUUUGAAAAUGGUUCCGGUCAGUUGAAUUACACGGCUGCCAGGGGGGUGGGGCAGUUUUCCUUAUUUGGCUAUAGAGAAACCUUGUAAACACUCUAGAAGUCACAAUUAUUUCCCAAUCAUCAAGAAAGUUGGUCAAAACAUUGGUUUUAUUGAUAUCUCGGACGAGUUCGAAAAUGGUCCAGAUCGGUGAAAAACAUGGCCGCCAGUGGGCGGGGAAUUUUUCUCUAUAUGUAUAUAGUGAAAACAUGUGAACACUCUAGAAGUCACAUUUUUGGCCUAAUUUUCAUGAAAUUUGGUCAGAACAUUUGUUUCUUUGAUAUGAGAGUUGCGUUAGAAAAUGGUUCCGGUCAGUUGAAUAACAUGGCUGCCGGGGG